AUGUCUGACUUGUCAGCACAGUUAUCUGCCUUUAAAAGCAAGAUCAAAAGUGGGCCUUCUUAUGACGAAACCAGAAAUGGCGCGAAGAGACUUGCCUCUAAUGAUUCUGUAACUGAAGUGUUUAAGAGGCAAAAAGCAUCCAUGGGAGAGAUAACUGGAUCAGCAUUAUCUACACAAUUACAUUUAGCAGUGGAAUAUAUCAAACAGCAUGACUAUCCUUUGCUGGUAUCUAAAGUACAAAAUUAUCUUGCUUUUGAUAUAACAAACACAAUAUUACCAUUGCUUAAGGAGAUAGACCGAAUCAAAUAUGAUCCUGAACAGAAUACUCUUGAAUACGUUUCCUUGCAUAAUAUCAGAAGUGCUGAUGACCUAUUGACAUUUCUUAGAAGGCAAGCUACUUUCAAAGGAAUUGCUGUCAAGGAUUUGAAGGACGGUUGGGCCGGCUGCUUGCCAGCAAUUAACGAAUUGGAAGAGAGUAAUAAAAUUUUGGUUUUGCGCAAUAAAAAGGAGAAUGCUCCUAGAAUGGUAUGGGCCAACUUUGGUGGCCCCUUGGGUACGAUUGAAGACGAAUUUCUAGAAAUGUGGAACUCUGUUAAGCUGCCAGACCCAGAAAACUUGUAUCAAGCAUUAAUAGACCAAAGUUUGAAGCCAACUGGUGCAGAUCCAAAUUUAGUGAAGAAGAAGCCACAGCAGCAGGAAAAGAAACAGAAAAAAGCAAGAAGAGGAAAGAUUACGAACACUCACAUGAAGGGCAUGUUGAUUGAUUACACUCAAUUGGUUUAA